CAAAAGUCCCAAAUCAAAACAUCAAUUUUCUUGUUCUUGUCAGCUACUCAAACCUCAACAUGUUACAUAUAUUUUUUCAGAUAAAACAAAUCAUUCUCAUCGUUCUUAUCUGACCAGGAAUAAUUCAAUGGAAGUAUGAGUUUGACUCGGUUUCCUUUUGAUAUUAGUCGUACUUUUCAACAUUUUACCUAGAUAGAGCCGUCCUCUUAUAAUUAUUCAUCAUUUCAUGCUUCUCAUGUUACAUUUCUGCAAUUUUUCAACUCUUUGAUUUUAUAUAAUCAUUUGUUUCCUUUCUUAAUCAAAUCCAUCUGGCUAACAUUAUUUAGCUUGAUGCAAUUAAGGUAUAUUAUCUAAUGAGGUGAUGCUUCCACGUCUUUAUAUUAUUAUAAUCCCUCAACAAUUUUAAAAAAAGAUCCUGACUUUCAAUUUUCUCUCUUGUUUCUUCUUUUGAUCAUCUUCAACAAAAAAAAGUUACGAUCUUUCUCUCCGGGUCAUCGGAAUUUGAGCUAGCUUAGCUAAAGUUCCGAUCUUUCCUCUCUGGGUCGUCGGAAUUUGAGCUUUUUAAAAUCAUGGGAAAUUGUUUUGCCAAGAACCAUGGAUUGAUGAAGCCACAGCAAAAUGGUAAUACCACUAGAUCAGUUGAAGUAGGAGUAACCAACCAAGAUCCACCGUCGUAUACUCCACAAGCGAGAACCACUCAGCAGCCGGAGAAACCAGGUUCCGUGAAUAGUCAACCACCACCGUGGAGGGCGGCGGCUGCAGCACCAGGACUAAGUCCCAAGACCACCACUAAGAGCAAUUCAAUACUAGAGAACGCUUUCGAAGACGUGAAGCUCUUUUACACAUUGGGUAAAGAGCUAGGUCGUGGUCAAUUUGGGGUAACGUAUCUGUGCACAGAGAAUUCCACGGGGAAGAAGUACGCUUGCAAAUCGAUCUCGAAGAAGAAGCUGGUGACUAAAGCUGAUAAGGAUGAUAUGAGGAGAGAGAUUCAGAUAAUGCAGCAUUUGAGUGGGCAGCCUAAUAUUGUGGAGUUUAAAGGAGCUUAUGAGGAUGAGAAAGCUGUGAAUUUGGUGAUGGAGCUUUGUGCUGGUGGUGAAUUGUUUGAUAGAAUCAUUGCUAAGGGACAUUACACUGAGAGAGCUGCUGCUUCUGUUUGUAGACAGAUUGUGAAUGUUGUCAAGAUUUGUCAUUUCAUGGGUGUGUUGCAUAGAGACUUGAAGCCUGAGAAUUUCUUGCUCUCUAGCAAAGAUGAGAAGGCUUUGAUCAAGGCUACUGAUUUCGGAUUGUCUGUCUUUAUUGAAGAGGGAAAAGUAUAUAGAGAUAUUGUUGGGAGUGCAUACUAUGUUGCUCCAGAAGUCUUACGUCGCAGAUAUGGGAAAGAAGUUGAUAUCUGGAGUGCUGGAAUCAUCUUAUACAUUCUACUCAGCGGUGUGCCCCCGUUUUGGGCUGAGACUGAGAAAGGAAUAUUUGAUGCUAUAUUGGAAGGCCAUAUCGACUUUGAGAGCCAACCAUGGCCGUCAAUCUCCAGCAGUGCCAAAGAUUUGGUACGUAGAAUGUUGACUGCGGAUCCAAAAAGGCGGAUUUCUGCUGCUGAUGUUCUUCAGCAUCCAUGGCUUAGAGAAGGUGGAGAAGCAUCAGACAAGCCAAUUGACAGUGCUGUUCUCUCAAGGAUGAAACAAUUUAGAGCAAUGAAUAAGCUAAAGAAACUUGCUUUAAAGGUCAUAGCGGAGAAUAUUGACACGGAAGAAAUCCAAGGAUUGAAGGCAAUGUUUGCUAACAUAGACACUGACAACAGUGGCACAAUCACUUAUGAAGAACUGAAAGAAGGAUUAGCCAAAUUGGGAUCUAAACUCACAGAGGCAGAAGUGAAACAGCUCAUGGAUGCUGCUGAUGUUGAUGGGAACGGGUCCAUCGACUACAUAGAGUUUAUUACAGCAACAAUGCAUAGGCACAGGCUUGAAAGUAAUGAGAAUCUUUACAAAGCUUUCCAGCAUUUUGACAAAGACAGCAGCGGAUACAUUACAAUAGACGAACUGGAAUCUGCAUUGAAGGAAUAUGGAAUGGGAGAUGAUGCAACAAUCAAAGAGGUUUUGUCAGAUGUCGACUCCGAUAACGAUGGUAGAAUCAACUAUGAAGAGUUCUGCGCAAUGAUGAGAAGUGGAAAUCCACAACAACAACAACCUCGGCUGUUCUAGUGGACAUUGUUGCUGGAUUAAAAGUCUUUUUGUUUGUAUCUAAUCCAGAAAAAUCAGGAGCUGAAUUAAUGUUUGUUCAGACAAAAACCACGUAAAGAGGAAGAUACUCAAAACUCUGAUUGCUUGUGUUUUGUAUUUUGUUCUUCACUUCUUCUGUUUUGUCCUUUGUGUUCUGUACUCAGGCUGUUGUGAUAUGAGAGAAAGAGAGGUUUCAUUUUUACCGUUAAGAUUUUGAUCCUGACUGUGUUAACAUUUUACCUCAGUUCCUCCACUUUUAAUGUGAUUCUCCAUUCCAUCAAAUGUCAAAUCAACGAAACAAC